AGAAAAGACCAGACCAGACACACACACAUUACAUACAUUAUACAACAUUAUUGCAUACCACCACUACUACUUCUUCAGUUGUUACCGGCAAUAGCCGGUGACCAUCUGUUUUCUGGAAACCCUAUAGCUCUUCGUCCCUGGUGAUGAGUUUGCACUUUGUUUGUUCCUUGUUUUGAAGGGAGAAGAAAGAAAGAAUCUCUGUAUUAUUCACUGUAGCGAGAGAGAAACAAAGAAAGAACCAAACAAGGGAAUUGGAGUGUGCGUGCUGUCAAAAAACCACACACACACAAACGAACACAAAACCCGUACCUCAAUUUUCUCAUUAAAAAUCCCACUUUCUCUCUCACGUAUCUAUCUAACUGAUCAACAUAGAAACAACAUAGAUAGAUAGAAAAAAAGAAAGAAAAAAGAAACCAACCAAACCACUUUCUCUCUCUAUCAUGCUUCAAUACAAUAACAUCACCAUAAUUACACAUACCCUUUGGUUUCAUCCACUCUUUUCAUCAUCGUCACUUCACUCUUCUCUCUCUAACAUGUGUUGAAGAGAGCUUCUUCAUUUUCUGCUUCUGUGUUUUGUGCUUUGUGUAUUUUGUUUUUGUUUUUGUUUUUGUUUUUGCUAUGGCUGAGGGUUUUGAGGCUUACCAUGUGCCACAACAAAGCAGAAGAGAUAAGCUUAGAGUUGUGGCGACACAGAACCAACAACAUGGUCUCAUUGAGCCCUCCUCGACUUUGCUUCCUUUGUACGACCCUUCUUCUUUUAUAUCUUCUGAUUUGUUGUUGACGAGCUUCCACAACGGCCAAAAACAUAACUUGGGUGGUUGUGGUGUGAAGGAAGAACAACGUGCGAAUUUGAUGAUGGGUUUUGCAGCAGCAGGAGGAGGAGUUGUUAUGAACAAUGGCUCUUCUUCUUCUUCGUGUUGUUCUUCUAACUCCUCUUCUGUUUCUUACUUGGAUCCUGAAUCGUCUUUGCAUUUGAACCAAGCCACAAUUCAGGUUAUUAACAACAACAACAGCAACAACAUGUUUCUCUACCAAGCACAGAACCUGAGAGAGUUUGAUCAGGGUUAUAAUAAUAACAACAACAACGACGACGACAACAAUAAUAGUGAGAUCAUGGUGUUUAAGCCUGAGCCUUUGUCUUUGUCUCUGUCAUCACACAACAACGGUGUGAAUCUUCAGCGAUACGGAUCUGUGGUUUAUGGUGAUAAGGUUGGUGGUGGUGGGGUGAUUUAUGGGAGUUCUGGUUUGAAUGAGGUUUCGAGGUGCACAGUGCCAAUGGGGCCAUUUACUGGCUAUGCUUCAAUAUUGAAGGGAUCGAGGUUCUUGAAGCCUGCACAGCAAUUAUUGGAAGAGUUAUGUGAUGUUGGUGGGGUUUGUGCUGAGAAGAUUGUGGCUGAUGCAUCGUUGAUGGAGCCUAUUCCUCCUCCACAGAGUUCAAGUGAAGAUCCACUAGGGGAUCAUGGGGGUGAUCAAGGUCGCAAAAAGUCAAGGCUCUUAACUAUGCUUGAUGAGGUUUACAGGAGGUACAGACAAUACUAUCAGCAGAUGCACGCGGUAGUAACUUCAUUUGAGUAUGUCUCUGGCCUGAGCAAUGCAGCUCCUUAUGCAAGUUUGGCUAUAAAAGCCAUGUCCAAACAUUUUAGAUGCUUGAAGAAUGCCAUUACUGAUCAACUUCAGUUUGCCAAUAAAGCUCAUUUUCACAUCAGCAAUAACAGGAAAGAUGAAUCUCCAUGGUUUGGCAACAGUGAUAAAGGCCCUUAUGGCCAAAGGCCUGGGUUUCUUGAGCACCAACCUGUUUGGCGGCCUCAAAGAGGACUCCCUGAGCGCGCCGUGACUGUUCUGAGAGCUUGGUUGUUUGAGCACUUUCUGCACCCUUAUCCCACUGAUACCGACAAGCUAAUGUUGGCCAAACAAACUGGUCUAUCUCGUAGCCAGGUGUCUAAUUGGUUCAUUAAUGCAAGAGUAAGGCUCUGGAAGCCAAUGGUGGAAGAAAUACAUUUGCUAGAAACACGGCAAGCUCCAAAGAAUCCGCAGAAGGAAGAGCAUUGCAGGAACAAGCUAAGUGAUCAUUUGUCUUCUGAUAACUCCAUUGUUUCUGAGAAUCCAUCUACCUCCACAGAUAAAUUUCAGGAAGCUCCUUACAAGCACACCAUAAACGAACUUCCUAAUGUACCAAUUAGGACUCAGGAACAGCUGAAUCUACCCUGCACAAGCAAUCAGCCAGGAGGAGGGGGUGUUGGAGUGAGCAUGGGUGGUGGCAGUGCUAGCAAUAGUGUGUCACUCACACUAGGCCUUUAUCAGAAUCAUGGUAUUGGUCUGGCUGAACCUUUCCCCUUGAAUGCAGCGCAGCGAUUUGGUGUUGCUCUUGAUACCAACAAUGAAGGCUAUGUUAUGAGUGGUUAUGAGUCACAAAAUAGGCAUUUUGGAAGAGAUGUCAUUGGAGGACAACUGUUGCAUGACUUUGUAGGCUGAAGAAGGUCUUCAAUGUCUAAUAACGGCAACUUCUUUGCAUGGAGUUUUAAUUUGAUUGGGGUGAUAUAAUACUAACCAUGUUUCUGUUGUGCUUUCAUGAAUUAUCCAAAAGUUAGAAGAGGGAUUGGAAUGUUGUUGCACUUUGUGGUUAUGCUGGCAAUGAUGAAUGAACCUUUUCCAGUUACGGGGGACUUUAACCGGUGUUUUUUAAUUGAGCUCACUUGUAUGAAGGUUGUAAAGGGGUGCGAUUGAUACUGUGUCAUAGAAGAUGUGAUGAUCCAAUUCACCUUUGUGUUGUUGACCUUAAUUGCUUGGAGUAAAUCCAAAUGUUCUGGCUAUUUAAGCUGUUUGUAAGUUUUUUUUUUUAUAUACUUUUUAUAUAUAUUAUUAUUGUCAUCCAAACCAGGUAAAUGGAUUUCAAUUUGUAAUACUUGAAAUCUUGUUCGACAUGAUUGUACUAGUCAUCAUCAUAUUAGUAAUAUCUUCGUGUCUUUAUGCUGCAAA